AUGACGGCCGUCAGUCCCGAGCAGGCCAUGGCCGACCUGAAGCUCAACGGCGCAACGGCUUCGCCGAAGCAGAAUGGCUCGACUGGCCCGAACGUGACAUCAGGCGACUUAGAAAAUGGCAACUCCGAUGAUGAUGAAGCCGAAGAAGGUGAGGAGGGACAUGCCGGAGCGGGAGAGGGCGCUGCGAAGAAGAAGAAAAAGAGAAAGCCGCGCAAGAAGAAGAAGGCCGGCGCUGCAAAGGGACAGACCAGCCCACCAACAGUCAAGGUGUCGGAUCUAUUCCCCAACAACACCUACCCUGUCGGCGAGGAGGUUGAAUACAAGGAUGAGAACGCAUACCGCACGACCAGCGAGGAGAAGCGACACCUCGACCGGAUGAACAGCGACUUCUUGAGCGAUUACCGCCAGGCCGCAGAAGUCCAUAAGCAGGUCAGGAAGUAUGCGCAUAGUGCUAUCAAGCCUGGCAUGAGCUUGACGGAAAUCUGUGAGUUGAUUGAGAACGGCACUCGUAACCUGACCGGCCACUCUGGUCUUGAAGAGGGCGACAACCUCAUUGCUGGCGUCGCCUUCCCGACUGGCGUCAACCUUGACCACUGCGCUGCUCACUACUCGCCCAACGCGGGCAACAAGACGGUCUUGAAGGAAGAGCACGUCAUGAAAGUCGAUUUUGGCGUCCACGUCAAUGGCCGCAUCGUCGACAGUGCGUGGACCGUGGCCUUCCAGCCGCAGUACGACAACCUGCUCGCCGCUGUCAAGGACGCCACGAACACUGGUGUUCGCCUCGCAGGAAUCGACGCACGUUUCUCUGAAAUCGGCGAAGGCAUCCAGGAGGCUAUGGAGAGCUAUGAAGUCGAGCUCAAUGGUCAGACGUACCCCGUCAAAUCGAUUAGGAAUCUGAACGGGCACACGAUCGGACAGUACAGCAUCCACGGCGGAUCAUCGGGAAAAAGUGUUCCGAUCGUGAAGGGAGGGAGCAACGAGAAGAUGGAGGAGGGCGAGGUGUACGCCAUCGAGACCUUUGGCUCGACGGGCAAGGGUGUGGUCAGAGACGACAUGGAGACGUCUCACUAUGCGAAGAUUGCGGAUGCGCCGAAGGCCGCUCUGCGCGUUGCGAGCGCGAAGACGCUGCUGCGUUCGAUCGACAAGAACUUUGGCACGUUGCCGUUCUGUCGUCGGUACUUGGAUAGGCUGGGGCAUGAUAAGUAUCUGCUGGGAUUGAACAAUCUCGUGCAGGCUGGUAUUGUGCAGGAUUACCCGCCGCUGGUGGAUAUCAAGGGGAGUUACACUGCGCAGCUGGAGCACACGAUCUUGCUCAGGCCGAAUGUGAAGGAGGUCAUUUCUCGUGGCGACGACUACUGA